AUGUGGUUCCGCAAGAAGGACAGCGACAUUGAAAUGUCGGGCAUGAUGGAAGCCGAGCAGAAGAAGAAGGCAAAGAAGUCAAACGGCCCUCCCGAAGAGACGGAAUACCAAAAGUUCGACUGGAAACGCUUCUUCCUCGCCCCAAAAUACAUACCAUGGCACAUAUUAUUUAUCAUCAUUGGCAUUAUCACGGUCAUCAUCACCAUCAAGCACGACGAGGUUGUCGAGAAACUACGACCUUGGUCAGAAAAAGUCCGAGACCUGCCGGCGGGAUGGUUAAUACCCAUUGUCAUUCUCGUCAUCAUUUCCUUCCCACCGCUCUUCGGCCACGAGAUUAUUGCGCUGCUGUGCGGUGUGGUCUACGGGCUCUGGAUCGGUUUCGCCAUUGUGGCAGCGGGAACCUUUAUCGGCGAGGUCGGCACCUGGUACGCGUUCAAAUAUGCGUUCCGCAGCAAGGCCCUGAAAUUAGAACGCACCAAUCUUAAUUACGGCGCCAUGGCCCGUCUGACGCGCGACGGCGGUUUCUUCAUCGUCCUCGUCAUCCGCCUCUCCGCCAUCCCCGCUCAUUUCUCCACGGCCGUCUUUUCCACCUGCGAUGUCAAGUUCUGGCAUUUCGUCGUCGCAACCUUCUUCUCGCUGCCCAAGCAAAUCUUCCUCGUCUACCUUGGUGUGCUGCUCCUGCAGCAAAGCAACGACGAUGUCAUCAAAACCGUCAUGUUCGGCGCCGUCUUCGUCAUCACCGUCGUAAUGGGCAUCUGGAUCUACAUGAAGAUGCGCACCAUCAAGAAGCUGUUGCUUGAAGAGCAGGAAAUGCGCCGCGUCAAGAAGGCCGAGGCCGUCGAGCUCGUGCCCAGCCCUGAGAGUGCAUACCAGAGGCGGUAUGAUGAGGAGUCUGCAACCGAGUGGGCGCCCAUGCAGCCCAAGCAAGUUAGUAGGCCGAUAGAACGGCGGUACGAUGACGAUCAGGGUGAUUGGGCUAUGCAGCCUACACAGCCAACGAGAAUGGUUUGA